AUGUCUUCGAUCGACCUGAAUGGUAUUGAGCCGUUCAACGCACAUGGUGACCCAGGUCAUUUACAGCAGGAAUGGAAGCGAUGGCUUCGUAGUUUCGAUUUAUUUGCCACUGGCAAGGGUGUAACAGACAAGAAACAGUUGAAAGCGUUAUUACUACACUGUGCAGGUGUACCAGUUCAAGACAUCUAUUUCACGCUAACAGAGGCGGAGGGAGGUGAUGAGUAUGCUGUAGCGGUAGCCACACUGAGUAAACAUUUUGAAACAAAAAUAAACGUGCCAUACGAACGGUAUGUAUUUCGGUCAAUGUGUCAGGAAGACGAGUCUAUCGAACAAUUCAUCACCAGACUCAGAAGACAAGCAGUUCUUUGUGAAUUUGGGAACAUUGAGGAACAAAUAAGGGAUCAAAUAAUAGAAAAAUGUAAAUCUCAUAAACUUAGAACCAAAUGUCUGGAAAAGGGGAAGGAAUUGACACUUGAUCAAUUACGCACAAUCGCGGCUACAAUGGAAAUGGCAGAUGUCCAGGCUAAGAAAAUGGAGUCUCCUCUAAGCUCAGUCAAUCAGAUAAACUUUGUGAAACAAAAGGACACAAAACGGUCAACAAGUAGUAGCACAAAGGCUUUAUGUUUUCGAUGUGGACGUGAAGGUCAUUUCGCGAAAGAUUCAGGCUGUCCAGCGAAAAACAAAAAGUGCAAUAAGUGUGGUAAGAUGGGGCAUUUUCGUGCAUGCUGUAAAACAAAGGAACCACGUUGCCUAAAGGCAGAGAGGUCAACAUUGUCAAAGGUCAAAGGUAAAGUGAACUGUGUAGAGUCAGAGGCAGAGUAUGCAUUUAGUGUACAACACACAGAUGCAGACAGACUUUCGUUCAUGGUUGGUGGUCACAAAGUUGAUAUGGUUGUGGAUAGUGGAGCGACAGUCAAUAUCAUUGACAAGCCUACAUGGGAGGACUUAAAGAAAAGAAAGAUUGUGUGUCGUUCAGAGAAAACUGACAAACGGCUGUAUUCAUAUGGAGCAGAUAAACCUUUAUCGUUACUUGGCAAAUUUAUUACUACGGUGUCUGUUGACGGAAGUGAUGAUGAAAUUGAGGCUGCCUUUUAUGUACUUGAUGGCACAGGUUCGGCUUUAUUAGGGAGGGCUACGGCAGUAGAUCUCGGAGUGCUGAAAAUUGGAGUCUACUCAGUCCAUGAUGAUAUAUUGGAUAAGUACAAGUCAUGUUUUGGAGGAAUUGGGAAGCUGAAUGACUUCAAAUUGAAGCUUCAUAUUGAUCCAUCUGUAAAACCGGUGGCACAACCUAUGUAUAGGAUUCCUUACAGUCUACGAGAGAAAGUCGGUGCUAAACUUGAUGAACUUGAGGAUCAGGACAUUAUCGAGAAGGUGAAUGACCCAACCCCGUGGGUUAGCCCGGUAAUAGUUGUCCCAAAACCUAAUGGCGAUAUCAGGAUAUGUGUGGAUAUGAGACAGGCUAAUCAAGCUAUAGUCCGUGAGAGACACCCAAUACCCACUGUGGACGAGAUACUGUACAAUAUGAAUGGGAGUACAGUGUUCAGCAAAUUAGAUAUGAAGUAUGGAUAUCACCAGAUAGAAUUAGAAGAUUCAUCAAGGGAGAUAACUACAUUUGUGACGCAUCAAGGAUUAUACAGGUAUAAGCGGCUGAUGUUUGGUAUCAGUUCAGCACCAGAGAAGUAUCAACAAAUCAUAUCACAGACAUUUCAUGAUUGUGAAGGGGUUCAGAAUAUAUCCGAUGAUAUUGUGGUUCAUGGCAGGGAUAAACAUGAACAUGAUCAAAGGCUAGAGAAAGCAUUGUGUAGACUGCAGGAAAAGAACUUAACUCUGAACAAGGAGAAAUGCGAGUGGGGAAUGGACAAGAUCACAUUUAUGGGUCAUGUAUUGUCAAAAAAUGGAAUCGCGCCGACAUCCGAUCGUUCAAAGGCCAUUAUUGAGGCUCAGAGGCCACAAAGUGCAUCUGAGGUGAGAAGCUUUUUAGGCAUUGUCAACUUUAGUGCUCGCUAUAUUCCAAACUUGGCUACAUUGUCUGAACCCUUGAGACGACUUACCAAGUCCAGUGUAAAGUUUUUGUGGGGACAGGAACAGGAGGAUUGUUUUCGAGCAUUAAAGGAAAGCCUUGUGAACGCAGAUACAUUGGGACAUUUCCGAUUAGACGCAACAAAAACACAACUUGUGACUGACGCGAGUGAUGUAGGUUUAGGGGCUGUACUCGUUCAGGAAUCUGAAGGCGAGACCAAAGUUAUCAGCUAUGCUAGUCGUACACUGACUGAUGUUGAAAGAAGGUACUCAACCACAGAAAAGGAGGCCUUAGCAGUGGUUUGGGCAUGUGGAAAGUUCCACAUAUACCUGUAUGGCAUUGAUUUUGAGCUGGUGACAGACCACAAACCAUUGGAAAUACUGUAUGGUCCAAAAUCCAAACCUAACGCGCGUAUUGAACGGUGGGUUAUGAGACUGAUGCCCUACAAUUUUCGUAUUAGGUAUCAACCUGGUAAACAGAACAUUGCUGACGCAUUGUCGCGACUUGUGAAAAGGAAACACAGUGGUGUAACAGAUCUACAAACAGAAACAGAGCAUUAUGUCAGAGCUGUGGCAGAGAGAAGCACCCCAAAAGCAAUGACAACUCGUGAGGUGGAGGAAAAAUCCAAGUCUGAUCCCGAGCUAACACUGGUGAGAAAGGCUUUAUCUGCAGACCAGUGGGAAAAGGAAUGUGUAAAGUAUUAUGCGGUAAAAGAUGAACUGUCCCAGAUAGGGUACCUGCUGUUACGUGGAACACGAUUGGUUAUUCCAGCAGUGUUACGAACAGAAUGUAUUAAAUUAGCUCACCAGGGACACCUUGGUAUUGUCGCUACAAAGCAACAGCUACGAACUAAAGUGUGGUGGCCAACUUUAGAUAAGGACGUAGAGGCUUAUGUCAAGUCAUGUCAUGGCUGUCAAGUGGUAAGUUCAUUGCCACGGCCCGAGCCCAUAUCGCCGACCCCUAUGCCAUCAGGACCAUGGCAGGAUCUCUCGAUAGACCUGCUAGGACCUUUACCGUCAGGACACUACGUGUUUGUUGUAAUAGACUAUUACAGCAGAUAUUAUGAAGUGGACAUUACAAAGGAUAUAUCUAGUGAAAGGAUGAUUGAUGCACUUGAGAACAUGUUUGCACGUUAUGGACUUCCGGUAUCGAUUACAUCAGAUAACGGUCCUCAGUUUGUGUCGGCCUUGUUCGAGGAAUUUCUAUGUGAUAAUGGAAUUCAUCACAGACGUGUUACUCCGCUCCACCCAGCAGCAAAUGGAGAGGUGGAACGACAGAACAGAUCUAUCAUGAAACGAAUACGUAUUGCUCAUGCUGAAUCACGUGACUGGAAGAAAGAUUUGAGAACUUAUCUUUUGGCAUACAGGGGCACGCCCCAUGCUGUAACAGGUGUUUCUCCAGCAGAGUUAAUGUUUGGGCGUAAAUUGAGGAAUAAAGUACCUCAACUUGAUGUUCAUCGGAAUGAAACCAUCGAAGAAGGAGUUCGUGAUAGAGACUGGUUUGCAAAAGUCAAAAACAAACUUUACAUUGAUGAAAAACGUGGUGCAAAAGAAUCAGAUCUAGUUGAAGGAGAUCAGGUGUUAGUUAAACAGUCGAGGAACAAUAAGCUAAGUUCUCCAUUCAACCCAACUCCGUUUAAACUCCAAAGGAAAGUUGGAAAUCAGUGUACUCUUGUUUCUCCUGAGGGAGUUGAGUAUAAGCGUAACAGUACACAUGUAAAAAAGUACGUUCAGAGUCCAGAGUCUCUGGUAGAGAGCAAAUCUACAACUGCUACUUCUGAAAGUGAAAGUUUGACCAUGUCUGACAACAAUGUAUCGAAGCAGGACAAAGCCGAUGACGAUGUCAUGCAUAGGUCUACUAAUGAUGGAAUGGAAUCAAACUUGUCACAUCAGGUGGAGAUCCCGCGAUCAAGACCAGUGCGCGAGAAAACUAAGCCUAAGCGGUUUGAUGAUUUUGAAAUGACAUAA